AUGGGAUCCAAGCGCAGCGCCAAGCGUCCGAGUUCUACGGCCAAAAAGGUUGCAGAAAAAGAGUCCAAUGAGAAAACGAAAUUAGCAGAGCCUGAAACGACGACGACAUCGCCUGCCAUCAGUGAAAAUCAAGCAAGCGAGUCGUACAGCGAAAAUUCACCUGCACUACUUCUGCAGCCACCUGAAGAUCCAGCGGCGCCCACGCCGAAAAUGUCGAAAAGGGCGCUAAAACGGAUGCGUGGAUGGGAACCUGUCAUCAAACCACCCAAAGACCUGGCAGACUUGCCACCUCCCUCUGCCGUACCGACAGCCGACGUCAUCUGGUUAGACAACAGCAGAAGCGUCACACUCAUCCCAAACAGCAGCAGUGGAGUGCACACCCGCCGAGGUGCAGCAAACCUUGCCGCCGUCUCGCCGCCAGCCAGUUACCUGGUUUAUACUAGGGAUCCAUUGAUCAAAAUGGCGCGGGCGGGAAGUAAGAGCGUGCACGUCAUGACUAGUAUCCCACCAGGUGGGGACCCACGUAGCAUUUUGAGUAGUGUGCCGUCAGUGAGCUCCCUCACACAGCGGAGCGGUGAGACAGCUACAAGGGGGCCAAAUGUCGCCUCCUCCUCCUCUUCUUCCUCCUCUUGUUUGUCGAAGCCGCAGGAGGAGACAAAGGACGAGAGUGGAAGCGAAGGCGGAGGCGAAACGGCGGCAGGCGAGGAAGAGGAGGUGGAGGAAGCUGAUGAUGCAGAUGCUUCAUCUCACAGCGUAAAAUCCAAAAACGAGGUGAACAUGUCUACAUCAUGGGUGGAAAAUCACAGCAGUGAGGCAUCUGCCAGCAAGCGGGAAAAAAACGAGGCAUUGAAAAUGUCGGGCGACGUCAUGUUAAAUGUUGCAAUGCCACACACACGAUUAGGUGGCCUCUCUGCACCACAAGCGAUGCUACCACCGCCAUAUCGACGAAAUCGACGUUUGAGGCGGAAGUUGCACAUCACGGAUGAAACGCCUGUGUUUUUCAUGCACAGUGAACUUCGCGACACAAUGCCGCAACUUUUUCCAAAAGCCCCUUUUUCUACAGAGGAAGACGUAUUGCGCUCGAUGCUUGACUGGCAUGAAGACCUGACGUUGGUUUACACCCGACUUCUCUGGGAGCUUGCGCCUGACGAGUUUCUCAAGAGGGUUUUGCAGCAGCAGCAGCAACAGCAGCAGCAACAAGGCGAUGGGUGCAGCACAAAGGCGAAGACAUCUGAGAAUUUGUAA